AUGCUCGUCUCCCACGGCCGCGGCGGAGCAGGCAACUACGCCGCCCGCACCAAAUUCGACAAGGUCACCCCCAUCGACCUCAAGACCCCCGUCCUCACCUCCCCCAUGGUCACCACCGGCCGGGGCGGCUCGGGCAACAUGCUCAAGAACGACGACGCCGCCCAGACCCGCCUGCGCCAGGACGUCGAGCCCGCCCCCCGCCGCUCCAGCUCCAACGUCACCUACUUCGGCCGCGGCGGCGCCGCCAACAUCUUCCGCCCGGGCUCCGACGAGGCCGCCGCCGCCAAGGCCAGCUUCGACAGCAGCGCUGUCGUGGACGACUCGGACUCGGCUCGCUCGUCCACCUCCAUUGCUGCGCGGGGCAAGGCCUGGUUCCAUAGCCUGGGCAAGAAGGCGUAA